AAAAAAUCAAAAAGCCAAAAAACACAAGCAACAUAUACUCCGUACAAUCGUUUUUGUAGUUUGUUGUUGAGAUGAAGAUCGUACGGAGAGAUUUCUCUCCUGAUGGCCCUGGCAGUGUUAAGAUGAUUCCUGAUGAAUCAGACGAUUUAUGGCUUGCUUAUAACUUAAUUGUUCCUGGUGAUACUGUCAUGGCUGUUACUAUCAGAAAAGUUCUUAGAGAAGCGGCUUCUGGUUCAAGAGAAGCUGAACGUGUGAAAUUAAAACUGGAAAUUAAAGUUGAGAAUGUUGAUUAUGACAAAGAAGGUUCUGUGCUGAGAAUACGGGGGAAGAAUAUCCUGGAAAACGAGCAUGUAAAAAUAGGGCAAUUCCAUACACUCGAAAUUGAUCUUCAUCGGCCUUUUGUUCUACGAAAGGUGUUAUGGGACUCGCUAGCAAUAGAUGCACUUCAACAAGCCGCAGAUCCUUCCGCCAGUGCUGAUCUUGCAGUGGUGCUAAUGCAAGAAGGAUUGGCACAUAUUCUGCUUGUGGGAAAAAGUUUGACUAUUACUCGUUCCCGAAUAGAAACUUCAAUCCCUCGUAAGCAUGGGCCAUCGGUCGCUGGUUAUGACAAAGCGCUGAACAAAUUCUAUGCGAAUGUUUUACAGGCAUUUAUGAAGCAUAUUGACUUUAAAGUUGUUCGAUGUGCUGUUAUUGCGAGUCCGGGAUUCACCAAGGAUCAAUUUCAUCGCCAUUUAAUGUUAGAAGCAGAGAGGAGAGAUCUGAGGCAUAUAAUUGAGAACAAAUCUCGCAUCGUUCUUGUGCACUCAACUUCAGGAUACAAACAUAGUUUGAGAGAGGUUCUGGAUGCUCCAGAUGUGAUGCAUAUCAUCAAGGAUACUAAAGCAGCUCAAGAGGUCCGGGUUCUUAAGGAUUUUUUCACCAUGCUUUCUAAUGAUCCACAUCGUGCAUGUUAUGGACCAAAGCAUGUUGAGGUUGCCCAUGAAAGAAUGGCUGUGCAAACAUUACUUAUCACUGAUGAGCUUUUUAGGAGUUCUGAUGUAGCUACCAGACAAAGAUAUGUAAAUUUGGUCAAUGCAGUAAAGGAUUCUGGGGGCACUGCUCAUGUAUUUUCUUCCAUGCAUGUUUCUGGGGAGCAACUGGCACAAAUCACGGGAAUUGCUGCAAUUCUUCGCUUUCCUUUGCCGGAUCUAGAUGACAUGGAGAUGUGAUUUAAGGAAUCUAGAUCAAGAAUGAGUUGAUUGCUAACCACAAUGUUGUAUACCUAUAUGUAAUAUUAAAUAUAUGAGUUUUGUCUUCUCUAGUAAUUAUGACCAAAACCACAAUGCGAGGUUUCAAGAUUAGUUAAACAUGUUCAAGGUUUUCUAAAUUAUUUUUUUUUAUGAUAUGUUCUCAUUUUAA